AUGGCGGAAAAUGCCAAGGGGAAAACCGCAGCUACAACUUCAUUGAAUUCAAAUUCGUCGAAUAUUCGAUGCUAUGCUCAUUUACAAAAUGUUGUUGGCGACAUUAUACCUUUCAAAGACUCAACCUGGUCUACUUACUUACGUUGUGUUGGAAUUUGGAAAGAACUGGUUGGAAAUCAAGCUGAAAUAGCAAGAUGUUUUGUAAAAGACCAUGGCAGUGAUUCCUGUCUCGAUGAAAUAGCAAUACCUGAGGAUGGUGGGUAUCAUAGAAAGUGUUACAAUUAUUUUACGGAUUCUUCCAAACAAGCACGAGCAGUAAAAAAGAAAGAGAAGGAGGACAUGUCCUGUAAAG